AAAUGAAACCAAACAAGUGUGUCAACUUUUUUCAAGCCUGAGGAUUUAGUUCUUGCAACAAGCCGUCCAGAAACAAGCAGUCGGUUUUCAUUGUAUCAGAGAGACCAGCGAAGCAACGAAGCCCCAGUAAAGAAGUGAAGGCAGAAGGGGAAAUGUCUGCUGCAAGAAAAGAGCUACAGCAGGUGUUGUGCCGCUAUGUCACAGACACCCUCAUCUACAUCGACACUGUAAGAGGAUUCUAUGAGGACGUCUCUAAAUGGGGGCUCCGUAGGGAGACAGAAUUAAACAUGAUGAUAGAUAUCAAAGAGAGGGUUGACAUCAUCAACCUUAACAUCGACCAUGUUUCUAAGUCAGAGCAAAAAGGUAAGGCCUUUUGGGAAUAUUUGAAGAGCAAGAUGACCCAAGUGACCGCAGACAGCAGGCGUGCAAAGCUGCAGGAGGAGCUGGAUGCCGUGCUCAAGGACACUUUGGUUGGCCUGGCGAAGCUCGAAUACUUCCUGGAUGCAGUGGAGAAGCUGGCGGUCACUUCGCUCCAUGUGUUUACGGAGAACCAGGCGCUAUGUCUGCCCAAAGGGAUCACCCUCGAUUGUGUUCAGAUUGUCAUCACUGCGGCACGGCUAAUCUGCCCUCUCCUCCUCGAGUUCAAAAGAGACGCACAAGUCUUCUUCCUGCCCAGACUUCAGAAUGUGGAAGUGCUCUCUUAUGAGUUGGACAAGUACAUACGGACCACACAGAAAAUCUGCGAGACGUUAGGAAAAAGUGACUUUCAUUUGAAAAUGACGACGGAAACUGUGGUGAACUUCGACGUGGAUCUGUCUAGAGAUGACAUGCGGAGGAUGCUUGAUCAUAUUAAUCAGCUGGAUGAGAUCAGGAUGAACAAGCACUUCAGGAUGGUGUUCUUGUUUCAAGAGGAAUCGUUUUGUGACUUCAUCAGUGACUUCAGCAAGCGACAGGACAGGAUGCUGGAGUUUCUCAAUGACCUGGAGGAGGGGGCUAUUCAGCUCGACAGGAUGAAUAUGGGGGCAAAGAUCUCCAGCGUGGUAGGCAGCUCGGUUGGGGCGGUUGGAGGUGUGCUCUCCAUUGUUGGCUUAGCGUUAAUUCCUGUGACGGCAGGGGUGUCUCUAGCUCUGACAAUGACGGGGAUAGGUAUGGGAAUCACCAGCGGAGUCAACAGCGCUGUCACCACCUUCACAGAGAUCGGAGUAAAUGCAACUCAACAGAACAAAGCCAGAGAGGUUUUCCAGAAAUUCAUGGAGGAUGUGCAGAGUCUCCAGGAAUGUCUGGACAAGGUGACCAGUCAAGCCGACACCAAAAUGGAAGAGAGUAUCAUCACAGUGGCUCUGGGAGUUAGCAAGGGUCUUGGUAAAGUUGGUGUUAUUGCAAAAGGUAUUGAUGCAUUAGUUGAUGCUGCCUCUGCUACUAAGUUGUUGAAAAACGAAGAGUUGAUUGCAGGUGUUGGUAAGGUGGUGGCUCAGGAAGGUAAAUCAUUACGUAACGUACCCAGGGUGGCCGCAGACAUCCCAGAUAUUGGUCAGGCAGUCGCCAAAAGGCCUCUCGCUCUUUCCAAGUCAGCCAGGGUAGGUCUCAUAGCAGUCAAUUCUCUUUUCCUCGGCAUGGAUAUCUUCUUCAUCUGUAAGGACAGCAUCAGUCUGGCAAAAGGCAAUGAGACCGAGUGCUCACAGUGGAUCAGGGCCAGAGCUACUCUGUGGAGCUCAGAGAUGGAUUCAUGGAAGGGGAUCCACGACUCCCUGUGUGAGGGCCGGGAGACGUCAGAGAAAAAAAAACUCUUCUGGAGACACCAUUUUAUCCGGAGAUGGAUGUGAAGAAGCAAAGAGAAGUAGAAAUGGAAUUUUCUCCUGAUAAAAUGGAAGAAAAACUGAAAUAAAAGAAGUUUUGCUUAACACAGUAGUGCUCAGAGCAGAGAGAGUAUCUUUGUAUUAAAGUUGUCACAAUUCUCCACAAAAAGAGCUAAAUGGAACCCUAAUAAUUUGAUUUUGAGGCUUAAAAGU